UGUUUUUCUUUUCCAUGCAGACAUCGCAGUCAGCAUCUACCAUUCCGACCAGCUCUCUUUAGAUGUCAUGGCCGCCGAGGGAUUUGACGGCGGAGCAGUGGUGGCGUGCGUGAUACUGGGCCUCUCCUUUCUGAUCGGGACCCCCGGGAACCUGCUGGUGAUCUGGACCAUCCUGCGCCACGUCAAGCAGUGUUCGCACACUGUGGUGCUUAUCCUGCACCUGGCUGUCGCCGACCUGCUCGUGCUCAUCACGUUGCCCCUGUGGAUCUACUCACUGGCCCGUUCGUGGGUGUUUGGGGAGGCUUCCUGCAAAGCCAUGGGCUUCGUGAUCAACGCCUGCAUGUACGGCAGCGUCUUCCUCAUCACCCUUAUGGCCGUGGAGCGCUUUGUGGCCGUGCGCUAUCCCUUCGUCUCGGCAGAGUGGAAGAGAAAAAAGGCUCUGAGUAAAGUGCUGCUGAUCCUGUGGACCGCGGCCUUCUUGUUCAGCGUGCCUGCCCUCUUGACCCGUGUUGUCGAUAAGGAUCUGGGGUCUGAUGAGGAGCAUUGCUUGUACAACCAGUACUACUCAGCCACCCAUGAGCUAGUGUGUGUGUUACUGGAGACCCUGGUGGGCUAUGUGUUGCCAUUCUCCAUUCUGGUUGUGUGUUAUGGCUGCCUGUGCACCCGCAUCACUCAAAUGACAUUCAAGUCCAAACGCAAGUCUACAGUCCUCAUCGCCAGUGUGGUUGUGGUGUUUGCUGUCUGUUGGACACCGUAUCACAUUGGAAACAUCCUCUCCCUCGUCAUCAUCAUUGCAGGUACAUCCUUCCCGGAUAUCGGCAAUCAUCUGGAGGACGUUCGCAUCAGCAUGGCUUUUGUCAGUGGAGCCAUGGUGUUCAUCAGCAGCACUGUGAACCCCGUCCUCUACAUGUUCGCCGCUCGGUCCUUUCGCAGCUCUGUGCGAGACACCGGCAUUCGGAAGCUCUUCCGACACAUCUCCAGCACAUCUCCCGGGGAGGGCAACAGGGAGUUCUCCUUUGUGUCUAAAAGACAGAACAAUCAAACUGACAGCUCUAAGUGUGAGUCUGAGUCAAAGGAAUGCGUGGAUGUUAGUGAGAAUGAUAUAUCCUAGCAAAGUCAAUGGAUGCUGUACAGGACACCAGUGGGCCAAAUCCUUGGGAUUUUGUUUUGCAACAGUACACCACAUCACUUUUGUCAUACAUAGAGUAGGAUCUUUUACCAGUGUUGUUAUUUUUUGUUUUGUUUUUUCAGUAGAGCGCUCCUGUCAUGAAGAGUAGGGGUGUGGCACAGUGAGAUUCCAAAAAAAGAUUUUAUGGGUUUUCUUGAAGUACAAAUAAAUUAAUUUUAACAUAACUGAAGUUAGGCUCACCUCAUUUUGGGCCUCAUUUACAAAUACAACCAUAAUGACCAACAUUUAAAUACAGUACCAUAGUAGGCCCAAAUAUUCAUUAAAACAAGGUAGACAUGUUAUUUAACAAGUAUAUUUAAUAUUUCGGCUAAUAUAACACUAUACACAGUUUAAACAGUAACACUGUGUUUGAUUAUUUAAUUAAGUGAUUAUUUGGUGUACCACUAUUUUGCCACCUGUUGCGGUCCCAAUGUGUUCCUGUGACUACAGCACUAGAUUGGCCAGUUGGGCGGACAGUUGCAGUAGCUGGUGGUUGCGAGACCUUAACGGUGCCAGAGAAAGUGGAGGAAAGGCCCGACCAUUUGUCACGUACCGUUGCUACCGCAGGUAGCUCUCCUGUGUUCUAAUAAUAAAUUAAGUAAUCAAACAAGA